UCUGGCUGACGGCUUGCGUCGAUCCUUUGAUACCCUCUGCUACUCACUCCCGAUUUCGGAACCUUGCUUCCCAACUCCGAGUGGAAUGGAUCUAGGACAAGGGCUGGGACUAUGAUGCGCGACGUCAUCCGCAAGGCGCUGAGCGUGAACGAGAGAACCCACUGCCCUCUUCUUGGCCCAAGGCCAGUGCACAUGCGCCGAACUUACACUCGGCGGACCGGGACAACUCCAGCCAUUCUUCCCGGCUUCGGCCUCCUCCCGCCCUCCUCGCCACGGAAGGCCCCUCGGGAUUGGUUAGACGUACCCGAGAAUCCGCCUGUCCGUGGAGAAAGAACGACAGCGAUUGGCUGGCCAUGUUAGGUGGAGAGCUUGCAUUGGUCAGCUCCGGAACAAGGGGCGGGACUUAUAUCCCAGAAGCAGCGGCGGCCACUGCGGAGCCGGUGUGAGACGGCUGAACCGCUCCGCGGGCCACUCCGGGGCGCAGCGAGAUGGAGGUGACGGGGAUAUCGGCGCCCACCGUGACGGUUUUCAUCAGCAGCUCCCUCAACAGCUUCCGUUCGGAGAAGCGAUACAGUCGUAGCCUCACCAUCGCAGAGUUCAAGUGUAAACUGGAGCUGGUGGUGGGCAGCCCUGCUUCCUGCAUGGAACUGGAGCUAUAUGGAGCUGACGACAAGUUCUACAGCAAGUUGGAUCAGGAGGAUGCACUGCUGGGCUCCUAUCCUGUGGAUGACGGCUGUCGCAUCCAUGUCAUUGACCACAGCGGCGUCCGGCUCGGAGAGUAUGAGGAUGUGUCCAAAGUGGAGAAAUACGAGAUCUCACCAGAAGCUUACGAACGGAGGCAGAACACAGUUCGAUCCUUCAUGAAACGCAGCAAGCUAGGUCCGUACAAUGAAGAACUCCGGGCCCAGCAAGAGGCAGAGGCUGCCCAGCGUCUCAGUGAGGAGAAGGCCCAAGCCAGUGCCAUCUCUGUGGGGAGCCGUUGUGAGGUGCGGGCACCCGGCCAGUCCCUUCGCAGGGGCACUGUCAUGUAUGUAGGACUCACAGAUUUCAAGCCAGGCUACUGGGUUGGUGUCCGAUAUGAUGAGCCAUUAGGAAAAAACGAUGGCAGUGUGAAUGGGAAACGCUACUUUGAAUGCCAGGCCAAGUAUGGUGCCUUUGUAAAGCCAUCAGCUGUCACCGUAGGAGAUUUCCCAGAGGAGGACUAUGGGUUGGACGAGAUGUGACAGUAACUGGAAGGAGGCCCCGCCCCUUCCGGCCCCGCCCCUGACACAGCCCCUCUGAAUGCCUGUGGCCCUUUUCCUCUGAGAUUUGUGCAUUAAAUUAAACAGAAUUCAGAAGGU